AAGUGAGGGGAGUCCAUGGCAAAAUGUAUAUAUAGUCUGGGACCAAAUCAUGGGGCGUAGUCAGUGAGUAAUGCUGGUAUAUAUAUGAAAUAGUAAAAUAGUAUAUGAAAUAAUGGCUUAAUUUAAAAAAUAAAAUAAUAAAUGGCGCUAAUUUACCUACGCUAUUUUGUCAUUAGCUCCUUUGUCAUCAAUUAUUUCGUCAGCUAUUAUGCCUGGUCACAAAGCUACAAUAAUAUAGAAGUGAGUCAAUAUGCCGAAUAUAACCGAAUUGUUAACAAUCAGGGCUGACCGGAAGAAAACAUUAUUUUGUGAUGGGAUGGAAGAUUAACAUUAUUUUGUGAUGGGAUGGAAGCCUAACAUUAUUUUGUGAUGGGAUGGAAGCCUAACAUUAUUUUGUGAUGGGAUGGAAGCCUAACAUUAUUUUGUGAUGGGAUGGAAGCCUAACAUUAUUUUGUGAUGGGAUGGAAGCCUAACAUUAUUUUGUGAUGGGAUGGAAGCCUAACAUUAUUUUGUGAUGGGAUGGAAGCCUAACAUUAUUUUGAGAUGGGAUGGAAGCCUAACAUUAUUUUGUGAUGGGAUGGAAGCCUAACAUUAUUUUGAGAAUCCUCGAGUUCACCAGAUCGACACACACGUGGAUUUUAAUGGGAUCAGAGCGUGAUCUUAGACAUGCUCAGUCUGAGUGAAGCAAUAGUUAGCGUCACAAUAGGCUCUUCGUUUCUCACCCUUAGAUUAUAUGGUCUAACACCAAGAGAAUCCCGCGUCAACAUUGAGGUCAAACCAGAGAUGUCACUGUCAGACAAAAAGCAGUCCAGAAAAGCCAUUUUCCUGAGACUGGGCAAGAGAAGGAUUCUGCUGGCUCUAGUCUGUCUAAUGAUUGGUUCAUUUUUCUUAUUCAAUUACUCUUCUAGUUCUGCAGUACAGUCGUUCUCAAUGGAAGUCAACUCAGAAAGUGGUCAGCAAAUGGACAGGAGCACAUCACUGCUGGACAACACAGAGUUAAUAAAAGUGAUUGCAUCCUCGGGUCUCAUCACUAAGCUGUCCACAGCUAUCACAAAGCUUGACCCAAAUAUGGCGAACAAAAAUCAAAUUCUGAAAGCGUUGAAGAAAAUGGAUAUUUACUCUAUCUUAAAAACUUCGCUGGAGGGCGGAAGUGACGAUCUGAAGAGUUCACAGAUUAAAACUGAAAUAGAGGGUAAGUCAUAUCCUGAAUCAAAUUCAAAUAUUCUAUCUAAACCAACUCUCAAAUCUAAGGUCGAAACAGAAGUUAUACCUCAAGAUCUCAAUCCGGUUGCGAAACCACAAGAGGAGACAACAUCUAAACCCCGAGCAGAGCUGACAUCUCAGUCCCUUAUUGAUCCCAACGUUAAAUCUCAUAGUGAACCAACGACAUCUCCCCAGAUCAUGCCAACUACUACAACCCCACAAGAAACAACAGUUAAGGCUACAACGAUAUCCAUUAUCAAAGAAAAAGAUAUCACUAAACCGACCUGUCAAGGUCUACAGAAACAGUCUAUGGAUCAAAUUUUUCGCGUCAAUGAAACGCAGUGCUAUAAAGUGUUCUCUAACGACCGCGAAGCUAUAGACCAGGCGUUAAACCACGUUAAAAACAAUCCCAGGGAGAUGUUCUCCAACGACUAUUAUAUCAAUAGCACGGCCAACUGCUCUAGCUUCCAACUCUCCAGGGGGUACAUCACUUGCAAGUUGACGCAAGAGGAGGAGGACUUUCCCAUAGCGUUCUCCCUAAUCACCUUUAAGGAUAUUGAAAUGGUGGAGCGGCUCCUCAGGGCCGUAUACAGACCUCAGAACUAUUACUGCAUUCAUGUGGAUAAGAAGGCUGACGAAGGCUUCACCAGGGCUAUGUCAGCCAUAGCCAAUUGCUUUGAUAAUGUCUUCAUCGCUCCGGAGCGAGUUGAUGUUAAGUGGGGAGAAUACAGCGUUCUGGAGCCGGAGCUCAUCUGCAUGGAGCAUCUGUGGAAGUUUAAAAAGUGGAAAUACUUCAUCAAUUUGACUGGCCAGGAGUUCCCACUGAAAACAAAUUGGGAACUAGUGCAAAUCUUGAAGGCGUAUAAUGGUGCUAAUGAUUUAGAAGGAACAGUGAAAAGAGCAAACCAAGGACGUUGGAAGUCAAGUCCACCACACAAUCUUAGAGCCACCAAAGGUUCAGUUCAUAUAACAGCUAACAGAGAGUUUGUUGACUUUAUCCUGCACAAUCAGACGUCUAAAGAUCUGCUCGAGUGGGUGAAGAUGACAGACGUUCCAGACGAGACGUUCUUUGCCACUUUGAACCACAACCCUCAGCUAGGAAUCAAAGGCACAUACAAAGGUGAACCGGAGACAGAAUCCGUGGAGUCCAUGGGCAAGCCUUUUUUAUCACGAUUUAAAAACUGGGGCGGAGACCCCUUCAACUACCCCUGUGCCGGUCAGUUUGUUAGAAGCAUUUGCAUUCUAUCAACAGGUGACCUGCCUCAACUGUGGCGCGCGAGGCAACUCUUUGCCAACAAGUUCUACCUGUGGGAGGACCCAAUCGCUAUCGGCUGCUUGGAGGAAAUGAUCUACAACAACACCAGAGAUGAGCUGAGCGGGGUCAAGGUUUUCAACUCAACUUACUACAGUCAGCUGGGCUUUGUACGAAACCAGGUCACGUAGACGCCUCACAAGAUUUCUCAUUGGAUAUUCUCACUUAAUGAAUUUUGUGCAAUGAUAUUUAAUUUAUACAAACUUUUAUGGAAUUUCAGAAACAUUCUUCUAUUUUUUUAGUGCCCUCAUAUUUAUAUUUUUGUAUAUACUUAGGUUUCUGUGAAACCAAAUAACUGUUUUAAACUUUUGAUGUUGCCUACUACACAUAACUGAAUUAUUUAAGUGAUGACAAGGGUAAUAGACGUGUGAUGCCCCCAGUCAAAUUUGACUAAGAAUAAAUAGGGAGUUAUAUUAAAUUGAUUUUUUUAAAAAGAUCUACAAAGCCAAAAAAAAAAAGUCUGUCUGGUGCAUUUGUUUAUUCACGUUAUUUCUUCUACACCCGCUCCUCGGAUCUACUGCCACAUUUUUGUUGUACCCACGAAAACAUGAAUCAAUCAAACAAUGUAAAAAAAAAAAAGAUAAUAAUUAUUUCGUUUGGUAAUAAACAAGAGAUAUAAGUGCUACUUGAGAGAUGUGGAUGUAUUUAUGGAGUAAUUCCUCUUUUGUACAACUUUUUCUAAACCGUUCUCGUAUUAAAUUGACAUAUAACAAAAUUGUUCAUAGUCGAUGACAAUAGAUGCAUAAAGAACAAAUUAUCCAAUUAGUGGUAAUACAUUUUUUUUCUUAUUGAAAAAAGGAAGCCUACUCAUGCAGUAUUAAGAUCUAUGGCAGAAUUGUUUGCGGUUCAUCUCCUUAAUAAGCUUUAACAUUGAUUGAAUCUUUAAAAAAAAUCUUAAAUUCUAUAACAAGAGAACUAUAGAUUUUCAAUCCAGGAUACAUCCAAAUUGAGCGAAAGCUUUCUAUCGUUCAAAAGAUCGUAACUAACGUUUAAUAACAGUGAAACAGCAAGCGUACCCACACCUUCAGUUCUUUCAUCUAAGUCCUCAGCAGAUCUCUACAGAUCUAGAUUUAGAUACAAUUUUAUUUACAAUUUAUUUACAAUAAUGAAAGGAGAUUUAUGAAAGACAGGUUUUAAAUUGUGAAAUUUUAAAGUUCACAGCAAGAUUUAAACAUUAUGUAUUGACGUGUUUUUAGCGGCCCCCGAAAGUGGAAAAAACGCUAUUAGUUUUGUGUGUCCUGUCUGUCCGUCAGUCCAUCCAUCCUGUUUAGAUCACAGAAACUAGAAGAGAAACUGAAAAUCGGAUAUCAUGAGAUUUUAGAUCAUUCAAAGUUCUGAUGCAACGGCUACUUUUUUCUUUUCUGAAAGCGAAUAAUCUAAUUUUUUAAAUCAAUUAUGCAAGCUGUUUUUUUCAUGAACCUUUGAAUAAGAGCUUGGCCCUUUACAAGACAAUUAGAUCAAUUAGAUACUCAUUAUAAGACAUCAGUUAGGCCAGGUUCACAUCUAACUUCACCUUCACUUUCACCUAUCCCUUGGUCUGCUGGACCUUUGGCACCACACAAGAUCUGUCAACCUUCUUUCUCCAUUCUUCUCUGUCAUUUGCCUUUGAUAGAAUUUCAUUAUGAUAAUCUUUCUGAAAAUAUUGAAACCUGCCUUUUUACCUGCCUGGGUGGAGCACUUCGGGGGCCAAUUUUGAGUUUGUGUUUCCACACAAACUGUCUUUGUAACCUUGUUUCAACUGUUUGUCUGUUUUCAAUACCACUAAAAGAGACAGUCAUGUGUUCAUCCAUAAUUCAGUCGGUCAACAACAAUCUAAGCAAUGUACGUUUAGAUCUAAAUCUAUUUUCGACAUUUUCUAAAAGUAAUGAUUAAUGUCCGAGGUGGCAUUCUUUGUAAAUCUUAUGUCUAGGUCUCAAUCAAGUCUUCAUUAACGCUUUCCCCCUAUAUUUAUAUUUUAUCUCUGCUAAUUCGCGUAAGUAAUUAUCUUCUCCUGAUGUAACAAAAACAAUGUAUGAACUAAAACUAUUUCAUUAACUUACUGUUUAUUUUUUUAUUGAUUUAUGUUUUGUUAGAACAUUGAACAAUUGUGUGCACAGUUUCAACUUGAGAAGUGGGAGAGAUAACGUCUUCCAAAUUGGUACCAGACGGACAGAGUGAGUGGAUUUCAGAUUUGUUAAAAAAAUAAAUAUACAUAGACUACUUCAAUUCUUUAGAUUUUGUAAAACCAUGAUAUAAAAUUUUUUGCUAUUUAAUAGAGAACUCCAGUUCUUUGGAUUUUUUUAAAAACCAUUUUUUGCUAUUUAAAUUAAAUUUACAGAUAAAUGUAUGAAGCUAAACUGUAUAUUUCCAUGAUGGAUAUACAUUUUUGUUUUCAAAUUUAUAUUUUUUUAGAUGUUCAAAAGAAAUUUCUUGAUUUUGUUAUUCUUUUUUUCACAUUCAGAAACUUGUGCCUUUCCUAUUGAUAACGAAUGUAACACACGAAUGUGAUAUCGCCUCUAUUUGUUGACCAUAUCAUGGAGUUUAUUCAUUCAAUGAUAAAUUACUUGUAAUAAUUAUUUGAUGUGAAUAUUUACCUCAUACGAAAAACAAACAUUCCAUCUUUUGUUACAUAUUUUACUCUGAAUUCCCUGUUUCUUACUAAAUGUCUUGAGCCAGGCGUUGACAGUAAGAAUUGAAUUGUACAGAAUGUCAAGACUUCUUGGUUCAUCAUCCCAGGCUUCAAUCUUCUGGCCACUCCCAGACAUCUAAAACUAGAUACUCUUAGCUCUGACUUGCUCUUCCGGGCGUCAGAAAUAUGCAAGUUUAGUAAAGAGCUAUUAUCUAUAAUCCAUGGAUAAAAUAGAAAGUUGAUUUGUUCAUAAAUAAAAUAGAUCGAUACACAACUAUAUUUUUAAAAUUUAUAUAAUUUUUUCAUAUACGCUUUUUCAAAAAAGUAAAUUUGCGUCAUAGGAAAAGGCCUGAUAACGAAUUUGUUGGUUACACUGAGACUUGUGAAGAACAUUUGCUACUCUAAAAUAAAUUCGCAAGUAGCAAAUAUUACUAGACCUCUUUUCGUAUGAGGUCGUAACCAAAUAGAUGACAUUGGCUGAGUGGUAAAAGGCCUUUGUGUCAGAAGCUGGGCUUCUGGGUUCGAAUCUCGGUAACGACUGGGAUUUUGAAUUUCGGGAUUUUUAAGGCGCCCCUGAGUCUACCCAACUCUAAUGGGUACCUGAUUUUAGUUGGGGAAAGUAAAGGUGGUUGGUCGUUGUGCUGGCCACAUAACACACUGCUCGUUAACCGUUGGCCAAAGUAUACCCUAUAAUAAUAUUUUUAAUUUUUUGUUCAGAAACACGUUAGGUCUUUUUUUUUGUUCAGAAACACGUUAGGUCUUUUUUUUUCUCAGUAGAUUACUUUUUACCUCAUGCAUUGGAAUGUAUUUUCUAAAUGUACGUUUAAAUGCCUGAUUAUUCAAUUGUUUGGUUACACUUCGAGUUUUUAAAAAAACGACGAUACCAUCCUAUUUGUAAACCAGUUUAAAAAGAAACUUUGAACGCCAUUGACGUUAAGAGUAAUUAACAAUUCUGAAUGGAAUUAUUCUUUACUUUAUAGGCCUAGAACUUCUCGUUUAUAUAUUUUUUGGUUUUAAUGGAAUUGUUUUGUAUGGAGAAUGUAAUCUUUAGUAGGAACAACGAAGUACACCAGUGUGUGUCUGUGUGUGUGUUUGUGUGUGUGUGUUGCCUAUUUAUGUUGGACUGGUUGCUUCUGUUUCAAUAAAAGUAUUGCCCCACCAUAACGCCGCCAGUGUGUACCUUGGCUAUGCAAAAUA